UCGUUUGGAACUUUGGAUCUGGUUUCGAGAACUGAAGUGGAACAGAGUCAGUGAGCAGGGAGGAUCAGUCUACUGUCAUUGGGUACUCGACAGUCCACAUAAGACUCCAAUCCGAGAAGAUGGAAGGUACUUCUACUGCUAUAAAUGUUGACCUUGCUCCCAAUGUCAAUGUCCCUGAACAACCUGUCCAACCUCAACCUGAACAACCUGGUAAUGUUGAGGAGCUUGAAGCUCAACGUAAGUUGACCUCUGAUGUGUGGCCUCACUUUAACCGAGUUAGGGUUAAUGGGGUUAUGAAGGCUAGGUGUAAGUACUAUCGUAAAUCCCUUGGUGGGGAAACAAGUAAUGGAACUUCACACCUAAGAACCCAUAUCAAAACAUGUAUCCAAAAGAGGAUACAUGAUGGUUCUCAAAAAAUACUUGGGCCUAACUAUAAACCUGCUGGAAAUCCUCAACUCUCUGCUUCUCAAUACAAUUAUGAGGUAUCUAGGAAGGAACUUUGCUCAAUGAUUCUGGUCCAUGAGUACCCCCUUAGCCUUGUUGAUCAUGUGGGUUUCAAACGUUUUUGCUGUUCUCUUCAACCUCAGUUCAGUGUUCCUAGUAGAAACACUGUCAAAAAGGACAUUUUGAGUUUGUAUGGUGUUGAAACGGGUAAAUAUCAGACCAUUAUUGAUGGUAACCUGGGGAGGGUUUCAAUUACAACUGAUUUGUGGACAGCCAGAAAUCAGAAAAGGGGUUAUAUGGCAGUAACUGGUCACUUCAUUGAUAACUCUUGGAACCUCCGUAACAUAAUGAUGAGAUUUAUGUAUGUUCCAGCCCCUCACACUAGUGAAAGGCUUGCUGAUAGGUUGUUUGAUUGUCUUUUGGAUUGGAACAUUGAUGGUAAGUUGUCCUCAAUCACAUUGGACAACUGUACCACCAAUGAUUCCAUGAUUUUCCACAUGAGAAAUAAGCUUCUGAGCAGUGACUUGUUGCUUGAUGGUAAAUUGGUUCAUAUGAGGUGUUCUGCUCAUAUUCUGAAUUUGAUUGUAAGGGAUGGUUUGGAUGCAAUUAAGGAUGCUAUAAAUCUGAUUAGGGAGAGUGUAGUUUACUGGAAUUCUACACCUAAGAGGGUUCAAACCUUCUUC